UGGGGCUGGCACCCACCGUUUACUUCCGGGCGCUGGUGAACUUCACCCGCAGCAUCGACUACAGCCGGCGCCUGGAGGACCCCGACUCCGAGGAGUUCCGGGAGAUCUCGGAGGCCGUGGUGGAUGCGCUGGAGUCCGAGUAUUACAAGGUGCCUGGGGAGCAAAUGGGAGCUGGAGGGUGACGUGUUCGUGGAGCUGGACGUGGGCUCGGAGGGCAACGGGGACGAGCGGCAGCUUGGGGGGGUCCUGCGGGACCUCCUGGCUGGGGGCUCCAUUGCCUCCUAUGCAACCUCCCCGCAUGGCUUCCAGUUCCGGCGCCUGGGGGCCGUGACCCCGCACCCGCGGCCCUGCACUGCCACCGAGUUCACGUGCGGCAGCGGUGACUGCGUCCCCAGUGAGUACCGGUGCGACCGCCGGCACGACUGCCGCGAUGGCUCCGAUGAGCUCGGCUGCGACCCCUCCACACGGGUACCCCCCACCACCUCCCGCCCGGCUACCACCACGCGCCCAUUGAGCACCACCAUGGCUGCCAUCACCCCCCCACCGCGGCGCCCCGGCACCCCCCGGCCCCACAAGCACCCGGUCGAUGGGUGCCGGGUGGGAGAAGCCGCCUGUGCCGAUGGGCGCUGCAUCCCCCGGGACUACAUCUGCGAUGGAGAGGCCGACUGCGCCGACGGCAGCGAUGAGGAGGCUUGCGGCACCCCGUCACCGUGCGAACCCAACGAGUUCAAGUGCCGCAACGGGCACUGCGCGCUCAAGCUUUGGCGAUGCGACGGCGAGAACGACUGCGGGGAUGGCUCCGAUGAGGCCGAUUGCCCCACCAAGGCGCCCGGCGCGGCGUGCGGCCCGGCGGAGUUCCGGUGCGUGGCCAGCGGGACCUGCAUCCGCGCCAGUUACCAGUGCGACCGCGAGCCCGACUGCCCCGACCGCUCUGAUGAGGUUGGCUGCGUGCCCCCUCAGGUGGUGUCGUUGCCGCGGGACGCGGUGCGGGCCGUGCCGGGUCAGACUGUCACCUUCACGUGCGCGGCCACCGGUGUCCCUACACCCAUCGUCACCUGGCGCCUCAACUGGGGGCACCCCCCCAGCAGCCACAGGGUGUCGAUUGUGAGCGAGGCCGGCCAGGGCACAUUGACCAUCCGCGACGUGAAGGAAUCCGACCAAGGUGCCUACACCUGCGAAGCCAUCAACACCCUGGGCAUGGUGUUCGGCAUCCCCGACAGCAUCCUCACCGUCACCCGCCCCGGGCCGUGCCCCGAGGGUCACUUCGAGGUGACGGGGACCUCCCGCUGCCUGCCCUGCUUCUGUUUCGGUGUCACCACCUCCUGCCGCGCCACCGCCCGGCACCGGCACCGCCUCCACCUGCGCUUCGACCGCGCUGGAGACUUCAAGGGUGUCAACGUGACGGUGCCGGCAGCGCCGGCCACACCGGUGCUCUCAGCCACCCAGCUCCACGUGGAUGUGGGUUCUGAGGAGUUCCAGCUCCUGGAUCUGUCCCGACGCUUCCUGGCCCUCGAUGCCUUCUGGGCGCUGCCGGAUGCGUUCCUUGGGGACAAGGUGGAUGCCUACGGGGGAGCGCUGAGCUAUGGGGUGCGGUACCGGCUGGGACGCGGCCCCCCCGAGCCCAGCACACACCCCGAUGUGGUGCUGCGGGGCCACGGGCGGGAGCUGCGGGCGCGCGAUGGGGACACCCAGCCUGAUGUCCUCAACCGGCGGCACGUGCCCUUCACUGAGGACCGCUGGGAGGACGAGGAGGGCGCCCCGGUGAGCCGGGAGCUGCUGCUGCUGGUGCUGCAGGACCUGGAGGGCAUCUUCAUCCGCGCGGUGUACGACGGGCGCAUGGCCAGCGUGGGGCUCAGCGACGUGGCCAUGGACACCACCAGCACCACCAGCACCGGGCUGGGGCCAGCCGGGGACGUCGAGGAGUGCAGGUGCCCUGUGGGCUACACGGGGCUGUCGUGCCAGCGCUGCGCCAACCGCUUCGAGCGGGUGACAAAGGGACCCUACUUGGGGACAUGCUCCGGUUGCGGGUGCCACGGGCACUCCAGCACCUGCGACCCCGUGUUUGGGCACUGCCUGAACUGCCAGCACAACACCGAGGGGCCCCAGUGCGAGAAGUGCAAACCCGGCUUCUUCGGCGAUGCCACCAAGGGCACGGCCACCGCGUGUCACCCGUGUCCUUGUCCCUACACGGAGCCGGCGCGGAGGUUUUCAGAGUCGUGCUUCCUGGACACCGAUGGUCAAGCCACGUGUGAUGCCUGCGCACCCGGUUACGCCGGGCGCCGCUGUGAAAGGUGCGCCCCGGGCUAUGAGGGAGACCCCAUCCAGCCGGGCGGCAAGUGCACCCCGAUCGGUCAGGAGCUCAUCAAGUGCGAUGCCCGCGGGGGCAAGGAUGAGGAUGGUGGCACGUGUCGGUGCAAGCCCAACGUGCGGGGCCGGCUCUGCGACUCCUGUGCCGCCGGCACGUUCCACCUGAGCGCGGCCAACGCCGAGGGCUGCCUGCCCUGCUUCUGCAUGGGCGUCUCGCGGCACUGCGCCAGCUCCGCCUGGAGCCGACACCAGGUCGCGCUCACCGCCGAGGACACGGCACCGCUGUCCCUGGCCACGGCAGCCGGGGCGCAGCCGGUGGGUGCCAGCGCCCGCUUCUCCUCGCCGCGGGAGCUGCUCUUCGACACCUUCCAUGCGCUGCCCCGCCAUGUCUACUACUGGGUGCUGCCCGCGCCCUUCACCGGGGACAAGGUGACAUCGUACGGCGGUGAGCUGCGGUUCACGGUGACGCACCGCGCGCCGGCCGGGGCGCAACCGGUGCCGCGCCAGCCCCACGUCCUGCUGCAGGGCAACGGCAUCCUCCUGGAGCACUUCUCCGACACCAGCGUCCCCUCCGGUGUCCCCACCGCUGUCACCGUGCCCAUUCGUGAGCGCGCCUGGCGCAGGGCUGAUGGGCGCGAGGCCACGCGGGAGCAUCUCCUGAUGGCGCUGGCGGAUGUCGAGGUCCUCAUGAUCCGGGCGUCCUACAUGGAGCAGCAGGAGGAGAGCAGGCUGUCCGAUGUCACCCUGGACGUGGCGGUGCCGCACGCCACCGGGCGCCCGCCGGCACUGGAGGUGGAGGACUGCACGUGCCCGGCCGGGUACCGGGGGGCCUCCUGCCAGGACUGCGACACCGGCUACACCCGCAGCAGCGCCGGGCUCUACCUGGGCACGUGUGAGCCCUGCCAGUGCCACGGCCACAGCACCGAGUGCCACCCCGAGACCGGGGUCUGCCAGGGCUGCCGGGAUCACACCGAAGGUCCCCAAUGUGACAAGUGCCAACCUGGCUACUACGGCGAUGCCACCCGCGGCACCGCGGGCGACUGCCAGCCCUGUCCUUGCCAUGGACCCCAUGGGGAAAGCCAGGUGGCCAAGACCUGCUUUGAAGACACGGAUGGGCAGCCAACCUGCAGCGCCUGCGCCCCGGGGCACAGCGGGCGCCAGUGCCAGAGGUGCUCACCGGGGUACGUGGGGGACCCUCUGCGGGGGGAGCCGUGCCGAGAGCCGGGUGUCCCCAUAGGGCAGUGCCAAUGUGACCCACGCGGCAGCACCGGUGAAGGCUGCGAUGCCAACGGGCAGUGCCGCUGCAAGGCCAACGUGGAGGGGCCCCGCUGUGCCUCCUGCCGGCCCCAUCACUUCCACCUGAGCGCGGAGCAGGCGGCCGGGUGCCUGCCCUGCUUCUGCAUGGGCAUCGUCCAGCACUGCGCCAGCACCGGCUAUGCCCGCGGCACCGUGCAGACUCGGUUUGGUGCCGGGGAUGCUCAGGGUUUCGCACUGGUGAACCGGCAGCGCAGCACCCGCGUGGGCUCCGGCUUCACGGUGCAGCCGGGGCCCCCCCAGCCCCGCCUCAGCUACGGCCGCGUCGGGGCCCUGCCCCCCGACUCCUACUACUGGCAGCUGCCGCCCCCCUACCAAGGGGACAAGGUGGGCUCUUACGGUGGGCGCCUCCGCUACACCCUCACCUACACACCGGGGGGGCAGGGAGCCCCCCUGCCUGACGCCGACAUCCAGAUCACGGGCAACGACAUCACUCUGGUGGCCCAUCAGCCCGACCUGCCCCCAGGCACCCCGCAGGCCUUCGAGAUCGUAUUCCAGGAGCAAUACUGGCAGCGCCCGGAUGGACAACCGGCGACACGGGAGCAUCUCCUGAUGGCUUUGGCCGACCUGGAUGAGAUCCUCAUCCGAGCCACCUACUCCACCAGCACGGCCGCAGCCGGCAUCGCCGAUGUCUCCAUGGAUGUGGCCGUGCCCCCCCAACCCGGCCUCCCCCCAGCCCUCGAGGUGGAGGAAUGCCGCUGCCCCCCUGGGUACCACGGGCUGUCCUGCCAGGAUUGUGCCCCCGGUUACACCCGCACCGGCGGGGGGCUGUACCUGGGGCACUGUGAGCUCUGUGAGUGCAAUGGGCAUUCCGAGAGCUGCCACCCCGAGAGCGGCGUCUGCUCCGGAUGCCUGCACAACACAGCAGGGGACUUCUGUGACCAAUGUGCCCCUGGGUUCUAUGGGGAUGCUACCGCUGGUACCCCCGAGGACUGCCAGCCCUGUGCCUGUCCCCUCCCGUACCCCGAGAACCAGUUCUCCAGGACCUGUGAGAGUUUGGGGGGUGGUGGGUACCGCUGCACCGCCUGUGAGCCGGGAUACACCGGGCAGUACUGCGAGCGCUGUGCCCAGGGCUAUGUGGGUGACCCAUCGGUGCGCGGCCAGGGCUGUGUCCCGGUGGGCCCCCCGGUGCCGCUGGCCGUGCGGGUGCACCCACCCCGCACCGCGGUGGCGCAGGGCAGCGCCGUCACCCUGCGGUGCCAGGCCACCGGGGACCCCCCCUUCUACUACCACUGGGCACGGGAAGAUGGGAGACCCCUUCCUGAGGGUGCCCAGAGCCGGCAGCAAGGUGAGGAGCUGCACUUUGCCAGCAUCCAGCCCUCCGAAGCCGGUGUCUACAUCUGCUCCUGCCGCAACCUGCGGCACAGCAACGCCAGCCGCGCCGAGGUCAUCGUCACCGAGACCCCCGGCAAAGCCAUCACCGUCACCGUGGAGGAGAAGCGGGUGCAGAGGGUGAAGCCUGGGGCUGAUGUCACCUUUGUCUGCACCGCCAAGAGCAAGUCUCCUGCCUACACCCUGGUGUGGACACGGCAGAACCACGGCUCGCUGCCGGCCGGGGCCAUGGACUUCAAUGGCAUCCUGACCCUGCGGCGCGUGCGGCCCGAGGACGCCGGCGUCUACGUCUGCACCGGCUCCAACAUGCUGGACAUGGACGAGGGCACCGCCACGCUCUACGUGCAGGCACCCUCCAAGACUCAGAUGUUUUAUGGCCCUGUUGAGUUCAUGGAGGGGCACAGACCGGCCGGCACCGCCGCAGCCCCCACCGCCGCCGUGGAGCCGGCGCAGCUGAGCGUGGCACCGGGGCAGCCGGCAGAGUUCCGCUGCGUGGGCACCGGCAGCCCCCUGCCCACCCUCGAGUGGCUCGGAGCGCUGCCGCCGCGGGCUGUGGUCCAUGGGGGGAUGCUGCGGUUCAGCGCCGUGGAGCCCGCGGAUGAAGGGCACUACAUGUGCCGGGCGCGCAGCAGCGCUGGGCAGCACACGGCACGGGCCUUCCUCCAUGUGCAAGGCACCAACGCACCGCAGGUGCAGGUGAGCCCGGAGCAGACGGAGGUGCAGGAGGGCUCCACGGUGCGGCUCUACUGCCGCGUCUCGGGGUCACCCACCGCCACCAUCACCUGGGAGAAGCAGGGGGGCACCCUGCCGCCGCAGUCCCGCACUGAGCACGGUGACAUCGCCACGCUGGUCAUCCCCACCGUGACAGCGGCCGAUGGGGGCAUCUACCUCUGCGUGGGCACCAGCGCCGCGGGCACGGCUCGCGCUGCCAUCGAGGUGGUGGUGGUGCCAGGGUCCGCACCGCCUGUGCGCAUCGAGUCCUCAUCCCCAUCCGUCACCGAGGGGCAGACCCUGGACCUUGACUGUGUGGUGGCCGGAGCCGGUGCCACCACCGUGACGUGGUACAAGCGCGGUGGCUCCCUGCCCGCCGGGCACCAGGUCUCGGGGUCCCGGCUCCGUGUCCCCCAUGUCACAGCGGCUGACUCAGGGGAGUACGUGUGCCGGGCGAGCAUGGGGACCACUGUGCGGGAGGCGUCCGUCACCGUCACCGUCGUGGCUGGAUCCGGCUCAUCCUAUGGGCCACCAGCAUCGGGUGUCCCCAUCCGCAUUGAUGCAUCUUCAUCCACUGUGGCCGAGGGACAGAGCCUGGACCUCAACUGCGUGGUGGCCGGGCGGGGCCAGGCCACCAUCACCUGGUACAAGCGCGGGGGGUCCCUCCCGGCCAAGCACCAGGUGUCCGGCUCCCGGCUGCGGCUGCUGCAGGUGACAGCGGCCGAUUCGGGCGAGUACGUGUGCCGGGUGACCAGCGGGGCCAGCACCAAGGAGAGCGCGGUGAUGGUGACCAUCCAACCCAGUGGGGCCAGCACGUACCCGCCGGGCAGCACCACCCCACUGCGCAUCGAGUCCCCAUCCUCUGCUGUGGCCGAGGGGCAGAGCCUGGACCUCAACUGCGUCAUCGCCAGCCCCGCUCAGGCCACCGUCACCUGGUACAAGCGCGGGGGGUCCCUCCCGGCCAAGCACCAGGUGUCGGGCACCCGCCUGCGCAUCCCGCAGGUGACAGCGGCCGACUCGGGGGAGUACGUGUGCAGGGUGACAUCGGGCGGCACCCCACACGAGACGUCCCUCAUCGUCACCAUCCACACCGGCGCCGGCUCCUCCUACGCCGUCGGUGUCACCCCCCCGGUGAGGAUUGAGACCUCGUCCGCUGCCGUCACCGAGGGGCAGACCCUGGACCUCAACUGCAUGGUGGCCGGGCAGGGGCACCCCCAUGUCACCUGGUACCGGCGCGGUGGGGCUCUGCCCCCCAACAGCCAGGUGUCGGGGACCCGCCUGCGCCUGGCUCAGGUGGCAGUGGCCGAUUCGGGGGAGUACGUGUGCAGGGUGACCCUGGGUAGUGCCACGCAGGAGGCGUCCGUCAUUGUCACCGUGCCCAGCACCGCCGGUUCCUAUUACCCCUCCAGCGUCUCCCAGCCCCUCCGCAUCGAGUCCUCGUCCUCAGCCAUCGCCGAGGGACAGGUCCUGGACCUCAACUGCGUGGUGGCAGGGUCCGGUCCCACCACCGUGACGUGGUACAAGCGCGGUGGCUCCCUGCCCGCCGGACACCAGGUGUCGGGCUCCCGCCUGCGCAUCCCCCAGGUGACAGCAGCCGAUUCGGGGGAGUACGUGUGCAGGGUGACAUCGGGUGGCAUCACGCAGGAGACGUCCCUCGUCGUCACCAUUGAUGAUGGAGCCAACCCAUCCCACUCCACCGGUGUCACGCCACCCAUCCGCAUCGAGUCCUCAGCAUCCUCCGUCACCGAGGGACAGACCCUGGACCUGGACUGCGUGGUGGCCGGGCAGGGCCAGGCCACCAUCACCUGGUACAAGCGCGGGGGGACCCUCCCGGCCAAGCACCAGACAUCAGGGUCGCGCCUGCGCCUGUCCCAGCUCUCAGUGGCCGAUUCGGGGGAGUACGUGUGCCGGGCUGACACGGGCAGCGUGUCCCGUGAGGCCACCAUCACCGUCACCGUCACCUCCCGGGACAGCUCCAGCUACCGCCUGCAGAGCCCCAUCAUCUCCAUCGACCCACACAGCAUGGCGGUGGCACCGGGCGAGGAUGCCACCUUCAAGUGCCGUGUCCACGAUGGUGCUCGGCCCGUCAACAUCACUUGGCGGAUGGGACCUGGCCAACAUUUCCAAGACAAUGUGAAGAUCAGCGCCAACGGCUCCGUCAUCUCCAUCACCGGCGCCCAUGUGAGCAACCAGGGUGCCUACCACUGCGUGGCCUCCAACCGCUUUGGUGUUGCUAGCAGCGUUGUCAACCUCCUGGUGCAAGGUGCCCCCACGGUGUCGGUGAUGCCGCCAGGCCCCGUCUCGGUGAAGGAGGGCAAAUCCCUGAGCCUGGAGUGCCUGGGCCGGGGCGAGCCGCGGCCGCUGGUGCGCUGGAGCCGGCCGGGCUCCCGGCAGAAGGUGGAGCACCAAACACUGCUGCACAUGGACAGCCAGGCCAUCCUGCAGCUCUCACCAGCCAAGCCGGAGCACGCCGGCACCUACGUCUGCACAGCGCACAGCGCCCUGGGCUCGGCGCAGGCACGGGUGGACGUCACCGUGGAGUCAGCGCAGCGGCACCCGGGUGCCCCCGAGGUCUCGGCGCCUGCCACUGUCACCGUGGUGGCCGGGGACACAGCCACACUGCACUGCACAGCCAGAGGGGACCCGGAGCCCCGCAUCGAGUGGUCGAAGCUGCGGGCGCCGCUGCCGUGGCAGCACCGGGUGGUGAACGGGACGCUGGUGAUCCCCCGCGCCGCACAGCAGGACUCAGGGCAGUACAUCUGCAACGCUACCAGCGCCGCCGGUGCCACCGAGGCCUUCGUCACCCUCGACGUGGAGACACCACCAUACGCCACCAGCCUGCCGGAGGACACUGCGGUGCGCGCCGGUGACGCGCUGCAGGUGCAGUGCCUGGCCCAUGGCACCCCACCGCUGCUCUACACAUGGGACAAGCUCAACGGCAGCCUCUCGGCACGCACCAGCCACCGCGCCGGCCUCCUGCGCAUCAGCCCCGUGCUGCCCGCCGAUGCCGGCACCUACCGCUGCCGCGUCACCAACCGCGUGGGCACCGCCGAGGCCUUCUCCCGCGUGGCCGUCCAUGGUGAUGCCGGUGAUGGUGGGGAUGCCAUCGGCGGUCCCUUGGUGGUGCGGGUGACACCGGGGAGCCUCGUCAGGGGCAUCGGCGGCACCGCUGAGUUCGCUUGCGCUGUCUCCGGGGACCCCCGGGUGCAGCUGGAGUGGUUGAAGGAUGGUGGGGAGCUGCCCCCCAACCACAGCGUGCGGGAUGGGGUGCUGAGGAUACAGGAGCUGGCGUGGGGCGCGCAGGGGGUCUACGUGUGCCGGGCCAGCGCCCCGGGUGGGCAGGCAGAGGACAGGGCCACCCUCACCAUGCAGGCUCUCCCCAGGGCGCUGAUCAACAUCCGGACCGCGGUGCAGACGGUGCUGGCAGGGACCUCGGUGGAGCUGGAGUGCCUGGGCUUGGGGGAGCCCCGUCCCCACGUCACCUGGAGCAAAGUGGGGGGCCGCAUCCGGCCCGGGGUGCUGGUGCGCGCUGGCACCCUCACCUUCGAGCGUGUGGAGCGGGCGGACGCCGGGCAGUACCGCUGCACCGCCACCAACGCCGUGGGCACCGUCCAGUCCCACGUCAUCCUCCACGUGCAAGCCACCCCGCACAUCACCGGGCAGCCGGAGGUGAAGGAGGUCUCGGUGGGAGCCGCGGCCGUUUUGCCCUGUUUGGCAUCGGGGUUCCCGGUGCCGGAGAUCACCUGGAGCAAGCUGGAGGGGGAGCUGCCGGCCGGUGCCAAGGUGGAGGGGAACGUGCUGACGCUGCCGGCUGUGAGCCAUGAGGAUGCUGGGGUCUAUGCCUGUGCUGCUGCCAAUCACCGCGGGCGGGAGACGGCGUAUUACGUGCUCAAGGUCCGAGAGCGCCUGCUCCCCUAUUUCGGGCAGACGCCCCGCUCCUUCCUGCCCCUGCCCACCAUCAAGGACGCCUACAAGAGGUUCGAGAUCCUCAUCACCUUCCGGCCGGACGCUGCUGAUGGGCUCCUCCUUUACAACGGGCAGCGCAAAACCAGCGGCGCCGACUUCAUCUCCUUCGGUUUGGUGGGCGGGCGCCCCGAGUUCAGGUUUGACGCCGGUUCGGGCAUGGCGACCAUCCGGCACCCAACACAACUGCGCCUGGGCGAGUACCACACCAUCCGCCUGCUCCGCAACCUGACUUGGGGUUCACUGGCGCUGGAGGGGCACCCCCCGGUCAAUGGCACCUCCCAGGGGAGGUUUCAAGGGCUGGACCUGAACGAGGAGCUGUACCUGGGGGGUUACCCCGACUUCAGCGCCGUGGAGAAGACGGGGCUCAGCCGUGGGUUUAUGGGCUGCGUGCGGCAGCUCCGCAUCCAAGGGGAGGAGGUGGCCUUUGGGGACAUGGACCUGCAGGCGCACGGUGUCACCAGCUGCCCCACGUGCCAGGACCAGCCGUGCCAGAACGGUGGCGUGUGCCAGGAUGCCGAGAGCGGUACCUAUGUCUGCCGCUGUCCCCAUGGCUUCACCGGCAGCAACUGCGAGUACUCACAGGCAUCACAUUGUCACCCAGAGGCGUGUGGGGCUGAUGCCACCUGCGUCAACCGGCCCGAUGGGACGGGCUAUACCUGCCGCUGCCACCUGGGCAAGAGCGGGGAGAGGUGCACCGAGGGGGAGGCGGUGACGGUGCCGUCGUUCGGCGAGGCCGGAGCCUUCGUGUCCUACCCGGCCCUCACCAACGUGCACCACGAGCUGCGGGUGGAGGCCGAGUUCCUGCCGCUGGCUCCCGAUGGGCUCCUGCUCUUCAGCGCCGGCAAAGCCGCCCCGGUCGAGGACUUCGUGGCUUUGUUCAUGGCCGGCGGCCACCUCGAGUUCCGCUACGAGCUGGGCUCAGGCACGGCGGUCCUGCGGAGCGCGGAGCCGCUGGCACUGGGGCAGUGGCACUGGGUGAUGGCCGAGCGGGUGCACAAGGACGGGACGCUGGUGGUGGAUGAGGCCGCGCCGGUGAAACGCUCCUCGCCCGGCAAGAGCCUGGGGCUGAACCUUCGCUCCCCGCUUUACCUGGGGGGCACCGAGCCCCCCCUGCGCCCCCCAACCAACGCCUCCUUCCAGGGCUGCAUCGGAGAGGUGUCCAUCAAUGGGAAGCGGCUGGAGCUGCCCUACGGGUUCCUGCGCAGCCGCGGCGUGGGGCAGUGCCGGGGCCGCUCGCCCUGCACCGGGGCUGUUUGCGUGCACGGGGGCCGCUGCCUGCGCCCCGUAGAGCCCGGGGCUGCCCCGCGCUGCCGCUGCCCGGCCGGCUUCAGCGGGCCGCGCUGCGAGCAGGAGGAGGAAGGGUGCCCACGCCAGCCCUGCCUGCAUGGUGGCACCUGCACCGGCAGCGCCUGCCUCUGCCCACCCGGCUACAGCGGCCCCCUCUGCCAGCACCGUCUGGCCCUGGAGCUGGAGCAGGACUGGCAGGAGGGCAGCGGGGGCAGUGAUGCCCCAGGACAGUUCAGUGUCAGUCUCCAGGAUGGCUCCUACCUGGCCCUGCCCGGCCACCUCCUGCCCCGAGGCCCCCCCGAGGCACCCGAGACCAUGGAGCUGGAGCUGCGGACGGGCAGCGCCGAGGGGCUGGUGCUGUGGCACGGGGCGGAGCCCAGCGAGGGUGGCAAAGCCAAAGACUUCAUUGGCCUGGGUUUGAAGGACGGGCACCUGGUGUUCAGCUACCAGCUGGGCAGCGGUGAGGGCACCAUCAUCUCCGAAGACCCCAUCAAUGAUGGCGAGUGGCACCGGGUGACGGUGACAAGGGAGGGCCGUCGCGGGCAGCUGCAGGUGGAUGGGGAGGAGCCGGUGAGUGGGGAGUCCCCAGGAACCAACAUCAUGGCCAACACCGAGGGCAGCAUCUACGUGGGUGGUGCCCCGGACCCCCAGAGCCUGACGGCCGGCAAGUACCGCUCCGGCAUCACCGGGUGCCUGCGGGGCCUGGUGCUGGCACCCGCCGGUGCCCCCCGACACCCCAUCGACCUGCGGCACGGCGCAGUGGGGGGCUCCCCCUCCCCCCCCUGCCCGCACUAACACCCCCCCCAGCUGUAUUUUGGGGGGAAUUUGGCCAAUUUUACUCUUUUUUCCAAAAACAAGACAGGAGGAAACGGUGCUUCGCUGCCCCGGGGUGACCCCGGGGGGGGGGGGCCGGGACCCCCAUAAAUGUUUACACCCCCCCCCACCACCACUACACCAGCCCCCCAAACCUGUGCCGGGGCGGCCGGGCCGCCCGGGGCCCCCCGGGAUGGAGGCGGGGUGGGGAUGCGAGGGACAAUCGGGUGCUGGCGGGGCCCCCAGGGGCAGCAUUAAAGGAGAGAGAACCAA